GCAUGCAGUAUUUAUAAGGUUCGCCACAGGUUCGACUGAACGGGUUAAUCCGGUUGUCAGUUCACAAACAAUUCGAGGACUAGGUCUAAAACCCCCCAAACCCUGCCGCCACUCUUUGCUUCCUCAAAAAUCAGACCUGAGAAAUCUCCGACACCGGAAUAGGAAAUAAAUGGCGGAAGAGGAGGCAAAGCCGUUGACAUAUAUACCGGAGGUUAUAUUGAAGAAAAGAAAGAGCACUGAAGUAUUGGCUCUGAGGAGGAAGGACCAAUUGGAGCAGAGGAAAUUCGGAUACAAGAAGAACAAGCAUGAAUCCAUCAAAAAGCCCGAGGAGUUUAUCAAAGAGUUCCGCUCCAAGGAACUGGACCUAAUCCGUCUGAAACACAGGGUAAAGAGAAAGAGGCCAGCAGCAUUGUUGACACCAAAGUCAAAGCUACUUUUCAUUAUUCGCAUACAGGGAAAAAAUGACAUGCAUCCAGCCGUUAGGAAGACCUUAUACAGCUUGAGAUUGAGGAAAAUCUUCAGUGCUGUCUUUGUCAAAGUGAAUGCAGGAGUUAUAGAAAAGCUGCAAAGGGUGGAGCCGUAUGUUACUUAUGGGUACCCUAAUCUUAAGAACGUGAGGGAGUUGAUUUACAAGAAAGGUCAUGCAAAAAUAGAUAAGCGAAGGGUACCUCUAACAGACAACAACAUUAUUGAACAGGCCCUGGGAAAGUAUGGCAUCAUAUGCAUAGAAGAUAUGGUUAAUGAAAUAGCCAAUGUUGGUCCACAUUUUAAGGAGGUUACUGCAUUUCUAUGCCCAUUCAUACUCAGCAAACCUGAAGGAGUAUUGCGAGGAUCAAAAACAGUAUACAAGGAAGGAGGAGACACUGGCAAUCGGGAGGAUGAGAUAAACGAACUAAUUAGCAAGAUGAAUUAGGACAUGGAGAGAAAGUGCUAUUGUGGCAAAAGUUUUGGUUAUUUUGGUUCUUUGUAGCAAGGAUGUCUUUAUAUUUAUAUAACUCUUUUCUAUAUAAAGGAUAUCAACGCUGUUGUAAUGUGCAUUGAAGUGAUCAAACUGAUAAAUUUGUUUUAGUAGAAUUUCAAAGUUAAUGGCUUUA